GCACACACACACUCACACACUCGGAGCACACAGGAAAGUCAGGGCAGCGCAAUUUGCCCUCCCCACCCCCGACCCCACUCCUCGCCCCCCCCCCCCUCCAGCUAACAUGUACGUGAGCUACCUGCAGCUGGACAAGGACCCCCCCAUGUACCACCAGAACCCCGUCAGCAGACACCCGGGCCUCGGCCUCAGCCCGCAGAACUUCCCGGUGCCCGGAGCGGCCCAGUACUCGGACUUUGCCAGCUACCACCACCACCACCACCACCACCACCCGCCCCACGGCCUCGCGGCGGACCCGCACCAGGCCCAGCAGAGCGCCGGCGGCGGGGGCGCCGGCGGCUGGAGCCCGGUUUACCCGCCCCCGCCUCCUCUCCCUCACCCCGCGCAGCCCGCUCGGGACGACUGGGCCGCGCACCACUACGCGGCUGCGGCCGGGGGCCCCAACCUGGGCUUCGGUCCUGCGGAAUUCAGCGGGCAGCCGCCCCCGCCGCCGCCGCCGCUGCCACCGCCGCUUCUGACCGCCUCCCUCAAUGCACCCGGCGGGCAAGGCUCGGCCGAGUCGCCGCAGAGGAGGAGCGCCUACGAGUGGAUUCGCCGGGCGUCCACGCCGCUCGCCAACCCCAACGGGAAGACGCGGACAAAGGACAAGUACCGCGUGGUCUACACGGACCACCAGCGUCUGGAGCUGGAGAAGGAGUUCCACUACAGCAAGUACAUCACCAUCCGCAGGAAGGCGGAGCUGGCCGGCGCCCUCAGCCUUUCGGAGCGACAGGUGAAGAUCUGGUUCCAGAACCGGCGUGCCAAGGAACGCAAGAUCAGCAAGAAGAAGCAACAGCAGCAGCAGCCCGCCUCGUCGUCCGGCAGCGUCGCCAUGGUGACCAGCAGCAGCAGCGGCCUGGUGUCGCCGUCCGGCCUGGUGUCGCCGUCCUCGCUGCCCAUCAGCGUCAAAGAAGAGUUUUAAAGCCGCUUCCUGCGCUUCUCCUUCCCAAUCUCCCCCGUCGGCUCCCUGGCGCCGCCCUUUGCAACGACGGGACCCCUGAAACAAAAACGAGAGUUAGCACGCUGAUGUUAAUUAGCGUCGGGCGAGCAUUUAGCUACGUUACCAUGCUAAUGACAUCCUGAUGCCGGACAUUAGCGCAAUGAUGCUACGUGACUGUGGGACGGGAAGUUGAUGACAUCUGAACUCAAUUUCGGCGAGUCGAAGGAUUAGCAUGCCGAUGCCGUGCGGCGCUUCGUUAGCAUGUAUUUUUUAACACUGGGACAAGCGGUUAUCAACAUUAGCAACCGCAAGACUCAAUACGCAAGGUCACGUACAUAAGCGUAGUGACGGCAUCAUACAACAGGGCUCGCGUUUAGCCGCAUUGGCAGGCUGACGAUGACAUUCUGAUGUUGGACGAGAAGGAAGCGACAUUAUCAUGCCGAUACUUUUCAACAGAAAGGCUAGCAUUUAGCCACAUUGGCAUGUACAUUUCCCAUGUCAUUUGACGACUGCAUCAGUUAGUUCUGUUAGCAUGCAAUACAAGCGUGGGACUCAAGGAUGAUGCUGAAGCUGUGUGCUCACGUAGUCCAAGCUGUAUCACGAUGGGACAAGAGGGUGGCCAAAUUGGCUGAUGCUGUGAAACUUUUCAACAAUAACAGCACUAUGCGCUCAAGUACGUAUAUUAGCAUGCUAAUGCAACUCAACUGAGAGGCUCGCUGUUAGCGGUAUUAGCAUUUGGAUGUUUUGGAAGCACUCGUAUGCUAAUCAAAAGGCCUCGCUCCCAUGCAGCAAGUUAGCCCGUGUUUUCAUUUCAUCAUCGACCUUUCCCGAUUCGUCCCUCGGUUGGCGCCGACCCCGUGAAAGGUCGCCGUUAUUCAAAGUGACCGCAGACAUUUGGAUUUUUUUCAGCUCGCAUCUAUCAAAAGUAAAACUAACAAAGACUGUUUUUUUUUCUUCUCUUUGUUUUUCCAUUCACGGAAAGUUAUUUCAUGUCAUACGCACACACGCGCGCACACACACACACACACAGAUAGCAGGAUCCUUCAUUGUGUUUGCCCUUUGGAUGCCACACCUCAACAGACACUGCAUUACUCUGUGUACGUGCAGGUGUGUGCAUGUGUGAGCGUG